GGAGCGCGCGCGCGUGAUCGAGAGCAACAGUGAUGGCGGACGAGGAGUUGGCGCUGGAUCUCACUAAAGAUUUCAAACAGGAGGAAUCGGUCGAUUCUUCGCUCGGUGAAGGAGAAUCGGAGUCACAGCAGACGGAGGACAACACGAAUGGAGUCAAAACGGAUGCCGAAGAGGCCCGUAAAGAGAAACCGGAGGCCAAAGAAAAGAGCUCCGCCGGAGGCCGAAAAUCAACCCGCUACCAUCCGUAUAAAGAGAGACGCGGAGAAAAGAAGGCCGUCCAGCAGAGAAACCACCGGGUGUUCAUCAGCAAUAUUCCUUAUGACAUGAAAUGGCAGGAAAUUAAAGAUCUCAUGCGUGAGAAAGUUGGUGAGGUAACAUACGUGGAGCUCUUUAAGGAUGCUGAAGGAAAGUCAAGGGGUUGUGGUGUUGUGGAAUUCAAAGAUGAAGAGUUUGUGAAGAAGGCAAUUGAAGUCAUGAACAAACAUGAUCUGAAUGGGAGACCACUAAAUAUUAAAGAGGAUCCUGACGGGGAACACGCACGACGCGUUCUGCAAAGAGCCGGGGGGAAAUACGGUAGGGGUCCAGAUUCUGUCCCCGGGGGAAUGAACGUACCCCCAUCUAUCGCCAACAACCCCAAUAUUCCCCCAGAGAUCAUCAGCGCUCUGGAGGCCGGCCGUUUAGGAACCACUGUGUUCGUGGCCAAUCUGGACUUUAAAGUAAGCUGGAAAAAACUGAAGGAGGUGUUCAGUAUGGCCGGGACAGUGAGGAGGGCUGACGUGAAGGAGGACAAAGACGGCAAGAGUCGAGGGAUGGGGACGGUCACCUUUGAGCAGCCUCUGGAGGCCGUACAGGCCAUCUCUAUGUUUAAUAAUCAGAUGCUGUUUGACAGACAGAUGCAUGUGAAAAUGGAUGAUAAAUGUCUGCCUCCAGAUGAUUUCCGGCCGGUGGAGAAAGCACCACAGUUGCCCAGAGGUCUGGGUGGUGUUGGUAUGGGUUUGGGUCCUGGCGGGCAGCCAAUAAAUGCCAACCGUCUCAGUGGAGGAGUCGUCGGCUCAAUGGGACCUGGAGGGAUGGAUGGGCCUGCGUACGGAGGGAUGAACAGUAUGACGGGGAUGGCUGCUGGUUUUUCAGGGAUGGACUGUGGAGGUGGAAUGGGAGGAUUUGGCAGAGAUUUGGGACCCAUGAGCCGUAUGGGAGAUAUGUAUCGUUCAGGAAUGGAUCGGGAUUUCGGCAGGAGUGAUAUGGGAAUGAACCGUCCGUUUGGAGCUCUGGGUGCAGGUUAUUCUGGUAUGGGACCCGUCAGCUCUGGAUUAGGUGGAGGAAUGGGAAGUAUGGGAAUGGACCGUAUGAACACCGGAUUUGAUCGGAUGGGAGGGAGUAUGGAUAUGGGCCGUGGCUUCGGCCAGUAUGGAGGUGGAUCGGGUCACAUGGGUGGAAUGAGUGACAGGGGGGCGGGGUCUAAAGCAGGAUGCCAGAUCUUCGUAAGAAAUCUCUCGUACGAUCUCACCUGGCAGAAGUUAAAGGAGAAGUUCAGUCAAUGUGGCCAGGUGAUGUAUGCAGAAAUAAAGAUGGAAAAUGGAAGAUCCAAAGGAUGCGGGACGGUCCGUUUCAGCUCUCCCGAGAGCGCAGAGCAAGCCUGUCGAAUGAUGAACGGAACCAAGAUCAACGGACGAGAGGUUGAUGUUCGUAUCGACCGUAACGCUUAAACGUAACAUCACAGACCGCCUGCAGACAAAAAAGAUUUUUUUGUUUUGUUUUAAAAACAAGCAUCAUGACUUUACUAACUCAAUUUCACCAGCUGAUUUAAAUGUCUGUGAUUAUUUUUUGUUUCUUGUUGGUUUGUUUUGUAAAAUCUUUUUAAUUCGUUUCAAUGACAAUUUUAAGAAUUAAAGUCGGGUGUUGUAAAUCA